AUGCAGCGAGUUCAGAUCGUCCAAAGGAAUCGAACGCUCAAACAUUGCUACAUUUUCAGUAGCAAUAAUACUUGUAACUUGGACGUUGUGGGAAAAAUUCUUUCCUGUUUAAAAGAAAAGCUGGGAGUCAAAAUGCUCGCUUUUAAGAAUCAUUUUAGCCUGUCCGACACAACAGAGAUGUGUGAGAGUAUUAUUCCCGAUUUGCCAAUGGAUUUUGCAAUAUUUGUCGUCCAUGCGAACGAAGAUCGCUUUUUAAUCAACGAAGACAGCGCGAAGAUUUACAAAACUUUGUGGAAUGCCACAGGUAAGUUCUAAUAUUAUGUAACACUGGUUUGCCGUCUACCUAUUUGUAAAACAACACGCCUAAUAUUCAAUUCGAUCGAUGAUAAUCAGCCUAGCAUCAUAUAAACAACCUAGAAUGAACUUUUCAACCAAAAAGUCGCUAUCAAUCACUUUUUGUGAAAAUCGUGGAACAAACAAACCCUUUUAUACAAAUACAGUAUGUUGCCCAGUAUCCGGACGGUACCAGUAUCCGGACACUUGAAACGAAAACUCAAUUUUUGAGGCGCCUUUUUCAGUUCUCGGUAAACGAAGUAUUUCGAAUGAAAGCUGAACAUUUCAGCUUUAAGAUGGAAGUUUUGGCGAUUUGAAAGCUUGCGAAACAGUCGCAGAAGACGCCGUUCUGUUCAGGUGAAUAAACUUUUCAUGGCUAAUGUUUACGCUGUUUACUGCGCAGUAAAGUUAAUGCUGCUCAGAAAAGGGAGGGUAGUGUGUGAUAUUUUCAAAGAAACUGUUUUAUUUUUAAAGUGAAGACACUUAAGGACGUCAGGUUUUCAGAGAGUUUAUUAAUUCUUCUUGAAAUUCGAUUUGUUUGGAAUAACGGAAGCCAGAAAAAUUCACUAAGUUUUGAUGUCAUGUGCCCAGUAUCCGGACAGUUUUUUCUUUGCUGUACAGAAUCGAUGAAUUAGCUGUGUACAUUCUCCGGAUAAGAUUUAUUUCAUAUCAGUAACUAUAAUUAAAGCUUAGGAUAUAUGAUAUAGUCGUAAAAUGUAACUCUACUCAACUCCGUAUGGAAAUUUUCUUCACUGAGGGGGGCAUUGGGAUUUUUGGUUUUGCGGUUUUGGCUAUUUUUUAGAUCGAUUUUUCGAUUUUUGUUGCAAAAGACUUCGGUUUUUCGGUUUUGCUGGUCAUUGCGGUUUGCGGAUUUUUCGUUUUUUAGCAUCUGGUUUUCGGUUUUCGUGAAAAAUACUAGCGGUUUUUCGGUUUUGGUACCCGAUGUGGUUUUUGGUUAAUUCCUAUUUUGUCCUAUUCUAUUCUAUUCUAUUCUAUUGGUUUUUCCUAUUUUGGUACCAAAAGCCCGACACAACGGUGUCUCUUCAUAACGUACCGUUGAUGAUGCCUCUGUUCGUUGUCAGCCUUCCUGCAAAUGACUGUGACCUCUUACGCAACUGGGCCUCAGCAUAUGGUGCUGCAGUAAGACAAACGACACUGCGGCAGGAAACUACAAUGGCUAAGCACGGAACAUUGCCAGAGUAUCUUUAUCAACGCCAUCUCGAAGUUGGUGAUAAGGUUAAUCUGAACUUCGGAGUUGAUGAAGAUGAAGGACCCCAUGAAGAUCUGAACGAGCGUGAAGUGAGUGAGGAAGCUAGUGUCUCUAGCGAAGGCCAGCAAGAAUUUGAUGAAAGUAGUGACGAAGAAGUUGAAGUCAGUGCAGAUGACAACAAUUCUCAGGGCCAGCAAGAUGAAUUAGGGGCAUCGACGAAUUUUCUCUUUGGUGCAAGGCCGCGAUAUGGAAGGGCAGUGAGGUUCAAUAACCGACUGCUGUUUUGCAUGAGUAUCUGUUUAUUACCACAUUAAACCUUAGAGCAAGUUCCUGCUGCCAUGUAAAACUGAAAAGGAACUAAUCGUACCGGUUCGCUUCCUCUGUGUCGACUCAGCUCAGUGCAAUCGCAUGUCAGACAAUCGAGUCUCCAAACUUUCAGGUGUUAGUUAUCAAAUGGAAAUGUUCGAUUAGAGAUUUUCGAUUGAAGUUUCCAGAGCUAUAGCUUUUUGCGACUGCAAAAUUGCAAUUCUAAAGACGACUUGUGUGCAAAUUCUCCUAAGUUAACUAGGCUCCAUAACUAGCGGCUUUUCGGAAAUUGAGCCGCAAAGUCUGGGCUCGAGAGAGCGGCAGAAACAAAGCCUAUGAUUUAAGCAGACACAAAAAGGUACGAAGGCUUCAGAGAAAGUCCAUGACAUUCACAAAUACUUUGGUGAAAUUAGUGUUAGUUUAGUUUGCUCUGUAUGCCCCACUUGUCACCAUUGUAUCGAAUUUUGACGGUUUUGUAUGCGGUUUUCGGUUUUGGCCGAAUUUUUUUGCGGUUUUUGCGGUUUUGGAUGAUUUUUUCUUCGGUUUUGCGGUUUCUAAUAUACCCCAAUGCCCCCCCCUUCACUCAUUCAGAGGCGACUUGAUUUCGUGUGCGCCGCUUGUUUCGCGUGACUGCAUUUUCUAUAUAUAACUGAAAGCGUCCGAGUUGAACCUGGAAUUCUCAUACUUUCCCUAUUUGGGACUGCUAUAGAAUGGGGUUGCAAUGGUCUAAAAAAUGUCACAAAGGGAUUGAGAGAUGUGAAAGAAGGAGGAAUUAGUGCUAGAAAAGAAGGCUUAUUGUGGGGCGACUGAGCAUGAAGAAAUCAACACUGCAGGUCAGACUAAAUAGGAGAGUGACCUUUGACCGUCGGUUUGAGGUCCCUUCCCCAAGCUUUUCUUUAAAUAAAAAAUGAACAAAGAAAGUCGUUUGCAGAUUGGCUAAUUGAGCUUGCAAACUGCGGCUUCAGCAUGUCCACGGAUGCCUUCCUUAAAUUAGUGGAAAAGUUCCUAGACAAAGAAGUUAGAAAUUAUACCAUUUUUAAAACAGCCGCUCGCGUUCCCCACCAUACCCCAGUCAUUUGCUAUGUUUUAUUUCACGAUGCUAGGUUAUAUUUUCGGAAUCGAUUGCCAGACUACUUUGCAAGUGCAAGAGAAGCUUAUAAGUCGCUUGCCUGUCGAAAUUUAUGUACAAUUACGUUAUUAUUGUUGUGUCCGGAUACUGGGCCAGCUGUCCGGAUACUGGGAAACAUAGGAGCUCUGCAAAAAUUUUAAUUUCGCGAUGGAAACAAAGGCAAAAAAGUUAAACUGUCUUUCCUCAUAUUAAGGACUAGAUAGAUUUUCUCUGGGCCAAAUUUCAGAGCUCUUGCGAUUAACAAAGGAAAGUUAUUGCAAUCUUAAACUGAAGUGUCCGGAUACUGGGCAAUAUACUGUACCACCAUGAAUAUCUUCCACGACAUGAUGGCAUUGUUGAUCACUUCGGUUUUGUACAACAACUAAGUGAUUUCUUAAAUCGAAGAAGAAGAAGAAGAACCGUUAUUAAUUUAUACCGCUCAGGGUAGCCCCUUCAGACGCAAAAAGCUGUCUGUUAUCAAUGGGAGCCCUGAGCAACAAGGCACAAAAACACACUAAACAUAUAAACAUUACACUAAUACAGGUAAUAAUAUAAAUAGAAAACUAUUUUCAAUUAAAAGAUUAAAAGAUGUAAAACACGAAAUAUCAUUAAGAUAAUUCGUUAAAAAGAGUGCAACCAUAAUAAUAGAAGGAUCUUUUUGCAAUUUCAGUUCUCACAGCAGGCGGAUGUAAGAGGUUGCUUUGUCUAGUAGCGCGCGCAUGGAUUGUAUUAUUACGUUUAAAAUAUUGUUUAAAAUACUGGGGACAUUGACCUUGCAGGCAUUUCUUAACGAGUUUAAAAACAGAUCGACGUCGGCGCUCCUCCAAGGUGGGCCAUUUCAGAACGUCCAAUGCCUGCUUGCUGCGCACAGUACAAGCCACUAUCCUAGCAGCCCGGUUUUGGAGGGCUUCAAGGUCUUGUUUACGACUUUCCCCGCAAGAGCCCCACACACUUACACAGUAUUCUAAAAUUGGCCUAAUUAGACUACAGUACACUACAUUUGCACUCUCUCUAGUGAGACUUCUGCGAAGCCUGCCGAGCAUUCCUACGCGUUUUCCCGCCUUCGAAAUUAGGUACUUUAUUUGCUCGUUCCAGCUAAGGCGGUCAUCAAAAACUAUACCUAGAUAAGUGAAGUGAAAAACCCGCUUAAUUGCAUUGUUAUUUAAAGUAAUAGAAAAAGAGUUAACAGCAGAUAAUCUAGGAGCGGUUCCGAAAAGCAUAGCUUCGGUUUUUGUUACAUUAACAAACAGACUAUUAAAAGAAAGCCAGUGAUCAAUCUUAGACAGUUCGGCAUUCAGCUUGUCUUGAAUGACAGAGGCUUGAGAGGAUGAACAGUAUAAAACAGUGUCAUCAGCGUACAUGAGAAUAUUGCAAUCGGACACUACUUCAGGUAAAUCAUUAAUGUGUAGAAUAAACAAUAAUGGUCCGAGGAUAGAGCCCUGAGGCACACCAGUAGAGACGGCUUCCGAAGCAGAAGUCACCCCUUGAAACUCUACAACUUGGGUGCGGUUUGACAGGUAAUCCGUAAACCAGCCAUGCUCUUUAUCCAAAAUCCCCAAAUUGGAAAGCUUGUCCAGAAGUACCGCAAGAUCCACAGUGUGCUUUGCGAAGGUCAAUAAACACAGCACCAGUUAAUUGACCUUGGUCCAUGUUCCUACGAAUAUUAUCAGAAAAACUAAGAGCAGCGAAAUCAAGCUAAAAUCAGUGAGAAAAAGGGUAAGAAGCUAUUUGAUUUCGUUUUCAAAUUUAACCUAAAAAAAGGAACUAGCAAGAAACAGUAGAGUAAAGCAGGUGUUUACCACGUUGCAUUGUAAAAUAUAUCACCCCGUAUAAGGAAAUCUGAAACAGUCUUGGAUUCUGGAUUCCUUGCCACGGAUUUCUGUCUCUUUGAUAGGGUCUUAAUAGUGGAACGUGGAUUCUGAAUUCUGGAUUCCUUGAGCUCGACACUUACGUGCAGUGCAAAAGUCUAAAAGUCCCGAUUUAUAAAGGAAUUUUAACUUCUUUUAUUGAGUUAUAGGAGGAAAAGUACUCGUUGUUAUCGGUGGUGAUGACAACUACAAGGACUCUGCUGAGGAACAAGGUUCCUUCCUGUCGCACUGGGCUCGGAAAAAAGUUUCUUCUCAGUUCAGCGAAGAAUACUUGGAUGGAAGGCAGAGCUUUAUCUUCUCUUGGAACGAUGGUCACAGACCAAUUCACGAAGAAGCACUGUUGCACUUCUUUGAUCCUCAUAAACAGGAAAAGAAAUUUGUCCCUGAAAAGAAGACUGAACAAGCGGUUACUCAAGCGGUCCCCAAACAGGUUUGCUUGUGUGCAUGUACCUUGUGAAAUUUUGGCAACACUAUUUUGAAAAAAUCUAUAUUCAGUGGUACUUCGAUAUACUCGGCAACUGAUGAUUUUGCACACUUUUUGGAACAAACAGAUCGCCUCGUUUUCCCGAAUUUAGGAACUGAAAAUCAGAAUGUCACUAACUCUGUAAUAGUUAUUGUUUAACCAGAUAUAAUAUUCGUUUUAUCUUAUCAAGAACUCAUAAUUACAAUCUCGUGUUCUGAUAACCUAACGCAGGAAGAAGAUGAGCACAGGGAUGAGUCAAAUGUACCGUUCGAGGACUUCGAGGAAAUAACCCAUGCUGAUAUACCAGGUAAAGGGAACUCAGUGUAAAUGUGUAAAAGAUAAAUAAAUAAAUAGCCGAAAAACGGCAUCCCAAUGCCCUCAAAAUAUAUAUAACAAUUAUUCACCAACAGUGUCGGUGUCUUACCGAGACGCGAAGACGCAAGGUAGAUAUUUUUUUUAUGUUAGAAUGCACUAAAAACACCUAUAUAUUUCAGCUUAAAAGUGAUACAUUUUCACUCUUUUAUUGCUGCCAACGAUUACAAUUUUGGCGCGCAAAUAACCGAUGUUACUGCCGUCACGUUGUCUUGAUAACAAAUAAGACUUUUAAACGCAAGGUUUUAGUGCUUCGGUUGUUGAGACAUUUCUUCAUAAGGGGUUGUGAAUUUUUCCUGCAUUUGAAACCAUUCUGUACAAAAAAACAUUAAACUUAGUUCAAUUUUUAAUGUACAUGUUAACUAAACAAAGUAGCGCAAGACUUAAUGUGCGUUUUUAAACAUAAAACUUGUUCACCGGUUUCAUCGAUAAAUUUAGGUUAAACAGACAAGUGCAAAAAAUUCUAAAUUGAAUUUCGUCCCCCUCUUCCUGUUUAUUGGGAACAGCUUCUUCGAUAAUUUGUGAAAUUUCUUCGUUUGUUACGGCAGCAAACAGGGAAGACAUUUUGCUCGUAACUAACGUCAGUUUGGCGUCGCCUGGGGGUGAAUAGUACCGGAUUUCCAGAGUUUGAGCAGCCAAUCAGAGCGCGCGAGAAACGCUAUCCACUGUUUUAGUUUGCACUAAAAACGUUUAUUCUGAAUAUGUUAAUCUCCACCUGAGUUUUUUUGCUCUCAUGGUACAAUAUUCUUUGCCCAUAUCAGAUCCUACAACAACCCAGAACCAAGCAAAGGAUACAAGUCCGUCGUCUUUACGGGAACGCAUAGCGAUCCUUUAUCGGAACGAGCAUGAUAUGACUACUGUCAAGGAAGUGUUUGGUGAUGGCUUAACGGGCAUGAACAUUGUCACAUCAAAUAAUCCUCAUGCUUUCAAGGAUUUUCUUCUCUCGCUAGAUUCUUCAGUGAGAUCUUGUUUUAUUGUUGUCGAAUCUACCAACAUGAAAGAGAAACUACUGACAAAUUCAAACAGUACAGUUUAUCAAGACCUACUAAAAAUUGCCAGUUGGACCGUGGGUAAGAAUAUUUUUUCGCCUCUUUAUUUUCUAGCCUGUGUGGCAUGCGCUUAGAAGUACUGAGUGGUUGCAAGAAAGAAAGGGGCACGACGCGACGCGAGGGGAGAGGGAGCGUGGCUCCCUCUCGCGCUCCCGUUCUUUCUUCCACCCAAAUACUUCCAAGCGCCUGCUACGUACACACACGUCAUAGUUGUGCCUAGUGUAUCUUGGAUUUAUUUUUUGGUCCCGAGUUGAAUUCCUCGGCCACGCGUGUAAAUAGCCAACUGAUUGAUUCCUACCAGUUAACAGCAUGGAGUUGUGUUUCACUUGAACUGCUUGCUUUAGUUAUUUCCCCUGUUUCACAUCUACAGCCUUUGUGCUAUAAAUACUGCCAAAUAUGAAUACAAAGGUUACCCUGUGUCAUUUUCGCUUCGUAUCUAACCGGCAAGUGCCCCGACAACCAACAAGGAAAAACUAAACACCGUUUCCUUUUCGUUACAGCGAAAAAGAUUGUUGUGAUUCUCUGCAACGAUGAAGGAGGUAAAAUUUCUUCACGGGAAGAAGAAACCAUCACAGCACAAAUUGAAGAGCUCCUAGGCCAGAAAGGAUUAAUUUUUUGGUGGAAGAGGAGUACUAAAACCAAAUCGUCAGUUUUUUUACGUGCCUUUGAACUCUCCGCAAAAUCUGGC